AAACAGAAAAGUGUGAAAUCCAAUCAGCCGCUAAUAUUGGAGCGAGGCACAUGACCACCCACCCACCACCACCACCACCACCACCACUUGCACCACCUCUCUCCCUCCUCCCAUUAUUCUCUCCUCCUCCUCAGAUUUUCAGAUUCCGAUUCUCAUUCUCUUCAUUGCGCUGCUCCUCUUCGCUAUCAGAAAUGGAUAAUGGUGGCAAUUCGAGUUUGUUUCCUCUGCAUCGCUGCAAAACCAUUCACCUGGUGAGGCAUGCUCAAGGAAUCCACAAUGUAGAAGGAGAUAAAAACUACAAAGCAUACAUGUCUCCCGAAUAUUUUGAUGCACAGCUUACUCAACUCGGCUGGCAACAGGUUGACAACUUGCGUAAACAUGUUCAUACGAGUGGGCUUAUCAAGAAAAUCGACGUAGUCAUCACAUCUCCUUUGUUAAGGACCAUUCAAACAGCUGUUGGGGUAUUUGGUGGCGAGGGGUAUACGGAUACGACGGACGAUUUGCCACUAAUGGUGGCAAAUGCUGGAAACAGUGACCGUGGUGCAAUUUCAAGUCUUGAUUGCCCACCUAUUCUUGCAGUCGAACUCUGUCGAGAACAUCUGGGAGUUCAUCCUUGUGAUAAGAGGAGAAGCAUUAGCGAGUAUCGAUGCCUUUUCCCUGCACUUGAUUUUUCACUGAUAGAGAGCGACGAAGAUAGCUUAUGGGAGGCUGACGUCAGAGAGACAAAGGAGGAACUUGCCGCUAGGGGAAUGAAAUUCAUGAACUGGUUAUUCACGCGGAAAGAGAGAGAUAUAGCAAUUGUUACACACAGUGGAUUCUUAUUUCACACACUGGCUAAAUUCGGCAAUGACUGCCACCCUUUUGUGAAGAAAGAAAUUUCUAGUCAUUUUGCCAACUGUGAGCUUCGUUCAAUGGUCAUCGUAGACAGCAGCAUGAUCGGGUCAGAUUCUUCGUCAACUAACUAUCCCGGAAAAAUCCCGAGUGGACCUGAUCUUCCUAGUGAUGUUGCCGAUGAAAAGAAUCAAGAAAAAGAUACAUCCUCGUAAUUUUGCACGAUUUUAAAGAAUGUAUACAAUCAGCGGAUGAGGUGAAUAUGCGUGUUUCAUCAAUGUUGUGUGUUUUAUUUAUCUAUUGGUCGAUACCAUUUGAACAGUUACGGGGCCAUGCAAAAACAGUCCCAAAAUGUUUGUACCAUUGUUGUCUUCAUUAAAUCUUCAUUUUUUAUCGAACAGUUGUUUA